CUAUAUAGUGUUUGAGCUAUUUGUAGAAAAUCAUGGAGGGGGAGAGAGAGCUGGCUCAAGCAAAUCCGAACAUAGCCCAAAAGUAAUAUAUUUCUUAGGAAUGACCUCAAGCAAAUCUUACUAUAUGUUAGACAUAUCUGUUAUGUAUGAGAUAAUGGUUAUCUUAAUUUACUUGCCUUUAAGCAAUUGUUGUUUUGUGGUGUGUAAUUUUAAGCUCUUCCAGUGCUCACUCCUUGUUCAUUAAGGUCUUCAUAUUGUGGUUUUGUAUAGAAGGUUAAAGAGUCAUGUGUAAGGACUCAAAGCCAAAGAAGUCAGGAGGAAAGGGAAAGGGAAAACAGGCAGCGGGAGGAAGUGAUGAUACUGCUUCCAAAGGUAAAGGAAAAUGAGCAAAGACAGGUGGGCUUGGCACCUGCACAUAUGUCAAAGGCAUAUCUUGUGUGAGAAGCAAUGGAAGAAAGUUAGAAAAGAUGGCUGGCUUAGUAAUGGAGACAAGGUUCCACCUGCUGAGUUUGUAGAGCUAGCAACGAAAUAUUCAGAGUGUCCAUCAGGGAAGAAGGGUGGAGACUUGGGAUGGUUUCUGCACGGAAUGGAUACCACAUUAUCUUGUCCUAGUGGAGGAAGAAUUGAUAGAACUUGGCAUUCAAAGUUGUGCUCUCUCGGAUUAUUAACCACCAAAUCAAAGUAA